AUGGCUCAAUUUUCCUGCAAGAAUCGUAACGGAAAAUCUGUUAAUUGGUUUGUUUUCGAUUUGAAAGGAUAUUCAGGUUCGUCGGAUCAAACAGCCCAAAAGGCAUCACAGACAUAUCCGGGUGUAGCAUUUCAUUACGCUGAUAAUGAUUCCAAAGAAUGGGGUCCAGCAGAAAAUUUGAAAUCACCAAAGAAUGCUAUUGCUGUAACGCUUAAACAAUAUUAUGAUAAUAAGAAUAACAAAAAAAAGGAAUUAUUUUAUCUCUUUUACAAUGACCAAGCACCAGUUAACGAAAAAAAAAGUCAUCUAAACCGCGCGCAUGCAAAGGGGUCGCUGUUUUCGGUAACACAUCCGGUUUCUGGCUUGUUCAUAGUGUACCUAACGAAUGCGAUGAGAUAUAUCUAUCCGGAAGUGUACGGCAUCACUGUGCCCAGAAAUUUCUUGAAUAGAUUCCCAUUCUUGGAAGAUCUGAAAGAGUUAAAAAAGAAAAGAAUUUCCAAUAUGUCAUCGUUGCUUCAGAAUUUUAAGUCGAAUGGUAAUGUGGAUUUCUUUGCUUUCUCAAAGACUGGAAAAUAUAACAAAGAUCUUUAUUUGGAUUUGAUUGCAAAAGAAAUGAAUGUAUCACUUUUUGCUGAGACAUGGAUGAACGGUGCUGCAAAAGACUUAAAUUCGGAAUGCACUACUAAAUAUAAAGUAAUAAAUGUCAAGGAAUUGAAUGUCGCGGGUGACAAGUUUGCCAGCAACAGAGAUCAUUCAAAGUGGGCCAUUGCCGAAAACAAAACAAAACCACUUGUAUGCAUUGGUGACAUUAACAGGCAGGAAUCACAGAAAAAGCGAGGAGGUGGAGCAGUAUGCUUAUUGAAUAAGAAUAUUUGGAAUUUAUAUAAUAAAUCAAUUACCGAUGUGGAAAGUUGUAAAGUUAAAUGA